ACAAACAACAAACAACAAACAACACCUAACAACCCAACAUCAACGGUGGUCUGAACCACAUCCAUGGCUUCCAGCGACCUCCCCCUUACCGCCCUCACCCUCAUCCUCGCGGCCCUCGCCCUCUCCAUCCUCGUCAUCGCACAAACAACCACCUCCUACACCUCCGCCUACCUCUCCGCCCCCCUCGAGCUCCCCACCUUCCUCGACGCCGCCGACUUCUCCAUUCAAGAGAACGAAUCAUACGACCGCGACAUUGCGCGCGUCCCCCGCCUCGAAGACAAGAUCCGCCUGAACCGGCUCCUGCACGAGAUCCAGAAAUGCGGCGACGACCUGCGCGAAGACCUCAACAGGCUGCUCAUCGGCGAGUCGGGGACACGGCUGCGCGCCAGCGCGAGGCUGCUGUGGGCGUCCAACCGGCUGCAGCUGGAGCAGCGCGUGAGGCGGCUUGACCUGCUACGGACUCGCUUCCUGGUUCUGUAUAUGGGGCUGCUUGCGGCGGGGUCAGUGGUGCCUGAUAAGCCUGUUGUGGAGAAGUCGCCGGAAAGGAGUGUGCCGAAGAUGGCGUUGAGGCCACAUCUCCAUCAUGCGCUUACGGAGGGGAUUGUGCGGAAGCCGCCGCUGAGGAGGCUGACGACGCAGGCGAUGGGGCAUAGUAAUACUCAAAUUGGAGGGGCGCAGAAGAUGGGGUGGGCGAGCGUGGUGAAUGAGCUCCAGAUGAGCCCGUUGAUGCAUAAGAGGCAUGCGAGUAUCGAUGCUGCGAUGGCGAAUCUGCCUUGAGCGGAUGGCAUGGGGAACUGAUCUAAUGGCGUUUAAAGGAUGAUUUUCCGGAGAGGAUCCAGGAGCAGAGACUAGGAGUUAUAUUCACCAUACCACCCGAUUCGGGGACGCAAGGGACGACGAGUGCCCACAACCACACAAGGACGACGAACUAGACGACAAACCGUGGAAACUAAGAGCUAUAUGAAGACUUCCGGCAUUUCUAGCAUUUACAAGGGCGAAGAAGGGGCCGGGACUACGUGUCCUUGUAGUUCGAGAACUGUGUAUGACAUUACGGUGUAGGAGUUACGUUCAUGAUAGAUGAGCAGAUGAGAAGAUGAGAAGAACAGCUUGGAGUAUUCGGGCGGGGCCAUGAGUGGCGAUAUAUAUACCCAUUUCUAACAUUUACGAACGAGCAGGCACGAUUCAAUUCGAUGUAGAUAGAAACAU